AUGUCCGAUCUUCCACGAGAUCUGGCAGAGGAAGUGCUCUCUAGGGUUCCAUUGACAUCUCUUAGAGCAGUACGUACUACUUGCAAAAACUGGAACGGUUUGUUCAAACAUCAGAGCUUGACAAAGAAACACAUUCGUAAUAAAUCAAGAGCAGCAACGAAGUUGAGAGAGUUCAUGGCAAUCAUGAUGAUGGAUUCUAGUGUUUAUCUAAUGAGUGUUGGAAUUCACAAUGAAGAAGACUACAACGUUGAGUCAUUUAUAAGCAGAAAAGGUAAACUGAUUAGCGUAAACGAUGCAGACGGAGUAGUCCAUAUUUCAAGCGUCUUCCACUGUAGCGGUUUGUUGUUAUGCCUCACCAAAGAAGAAACACCGAGGCUUGUGGUUUGGAACCCUUUUCGUGGGCAAACUAGGUGGAUCGAAACCACUUAUCGUGAGGACAUCACAUCUGCCCGCUACUCCUUCGCUCUGGGGUACGAGAAGAAGGAGAACUCGCAUCGUAGCCUCAAAAUAUUGAGAUCUUCAGAAUCGACCAGGAGGAGAUAUUUUGCUCGUGGAUACAGGGAGGAAUCAAGAAGUAAGUUUGAAAUCUACAAUUUUAACUCUGAUUCAUGGAAGGAUAUUACUCCCACUGCCAACGGGAACUUGCGGUAUUAUAAAUGUGGCGUGUCUCUCAAGGGAAAUACUUACUGGCUUGCUCGAACCCAUAUUCCUCUCAGCGGGUGUCGAUGUUGUGCUGAAAGGCGGCAAGCAAUACAGGUCUACUUUUUACUUUGUUUCGAUUUCACAACAGAGAGAUUUGGACCGGAACUAAGUCUACCGUUUCGCUCUUCUGAUGAUGAAGAUACUGUGACUCUAUCUAGUGUUAGAGAAGAGAAACUUGCUGUGUUGUUUCAGCGCAAGGGUACAUCAAAGAUGGAGAUAUGGAUCACGACUAAGGUUGAGCCCGAAGCAGCGUCCUGGAGCAAUUUGUUCUUAUCGGUGGAUAUGACAACACUUGUUACUUCUGAUCGAUUCUCACUUCAACAUGAUAGUUUCUUUCUUGACGAGGAGAAGAAAGUGUUCAUGCUUUUUGCUAAUGGCAAAGCGAAGCCGACGCGUCGCAAGGUAGCUUACAUCAUUGGAGAGGAUGGAUAUUUCAAAAAAGUGGAUCUUGGAGAAUAUACAGACAAAUAUGAUUUCCCACUUGUGUGCUCGUAUGUUCCAAGCUCAAUGCAAAUCAAGCAAGCUGCACCACCACAAGGCAACCAUAUUGAUUCAUUGGUCCAUUAA